AUGGAUACAUCUAACUAUUAUAAUAAUAACUAUCAACAACAAAAUAAUUGUAAUAUUUUUCAAGUUACUUAUCAUUCUUCUAAUCUGGAUCCUGAAUAUUUAAAAAAACUUAGUAAAGCUGAAAGAAGAAAACAACGAAGAGCAACACCUAAAUAUAGAACUAUGCAUGCAAGUCGUGAAAGAAUUCGUGUUGAAAGUUUUAACAAUGCUUUUGCCAAAUUACGUACUUUAUUACCAACUUUACCAAUUAAUAAAAAAUUAAGCAAAAUAGAGAUUCUUCGUAUUUCCAUUGCAUAUAUUAAUUAUCUUGAUAAUUUACUAACUUUAUAA